AUGGCAAUACGUGAUAUUAAUGCGAGAAGCGAUGUUCUCGAGCAGUAUGAACUCAAGCUAAAGUUAUUAGAUGACGGGUAUAACAAAAUUAUUGCUGGAAAAGUCUUUGUCAAUGAAGUUCUACACGGUCCACAACUUAUGGCUUUACUGGGACCUUAUACGUCUCAUUCGUCUUCAGUGGUUGCUACUAUAGCUCGUUACUGGAAUCUUAUUCAGCUGUCAGCUGGGGCCACAUCAACACAAUUCAGCAAUCGAGAGGAAUUUCCCUACUUCUAUAGUAGCCUAUUGACGGAUAUUACAUAUAACUCUGUUCGUGUAGGAUUAGUGAAAAGAUUUGGAUGGAAAAGAGUAGCUAUCUUGUAUCAUAGCGAUGUAUUAUUUGACAAUGGAGCCCAGCACUUGCAAACAGAAUUGGAGAAGGCUAGUAUCAAUAUUAUUGCAAGGGAAACUUUUGUCACUGAACCUGAUUUACAAGUUAAAACGUUAAAGGAAAAAGGUGCUCGAAUUAUUUUCCUGUUUGGUUAUCCUCGCAUAAUGGCCAGAGUUUUUUGCCACGCUUACAAACUUGGCAUGUAUGGAGAAAACUAUGCUUGGUUUGGCUCGAUCUUUACACAGAGGUUAUGGUGGAAUCGCUUUGCACCAUUAACUAACUGUUCAGCUUACGAAAUCCUUCAAGUAGCCAAAGGUUACAUAGCCUUUCGUAACACGAAUGCUCCACUCCUUUCUGAUUUUAACACAAUGACCGCUCCGGGACUUACAUUUCAAGAAUUCUUAGAUAAUUAUGAUAAAUUUACCAACACAACUCGAAGUAGUAGUGACGAUUAUCCGAAUCCUUUGGCUUACGAUUCAUUAUGGUGUCUUGCAUCAGCUCUAAAUGAAACAGAUAAUAAAUUACGGCAACUCAAUUCAAGCCUCGCUGAUUUUAAAUACGACGCCAAGAUAGCAGAAAUAUUCAAUAUUGCUAUUCAAAAGACUAGUUUUUUAGGAUUAACCGGUCCGUUCAGUUUUUCAAGUGGAGCAAGGGUUGGGAAUGCCUAUAUACAGCAGUUCCGAGGCAAUAUUUCAUCUACUGGAUUAGUUGUGGUGGGAUCGUAUAGGAGUGUAGGUCAAGUGAUAACUUUUAAUGAAAGUGAACCACUUAUUUGGCCAGGGGGUCAUGUUCCGUUCGAUGGAUUUAUAACUAGCUACUUGGAAAAGUACAUUACCAUAGGGGUAUUCGUUGCUAUGUCAAUUUUAUCUGUGAUUGGUAUGAUAGCUGCCCUUACAUUUUUGUACAUCAAUUAUUUGCAUCGCAAUUUGCGGGUUAUCAAAAUGUCAAGUCCAAGAAUAAAUAAUCUCAUAUUAAUUGGUUUUAUAUUAUGCUUUGUGGCUGUUGUUAUGUUUGGAGUAGACUCUGGUACAGUUAAUAAAAUCUAUCUACCAGCGAUUUGUACUGCUCGUGUUAUCAAAGACCAUUCUCUUUUUGGUUUAACAUUCUUGUUAUUUGUGGUUGAUUUGAUUAUUUUGGGAGUAUGGAUAGCUAUUGAUCCGUUUACAGGUCAAUAUGAAAAGUUUACAUCCUAUCCAUCUAAGCUUGGAUCCAAUAUUAUUAUACAACCGCAAACGAUGAUUUGCAGUUGUCAGUAUAGUUCUAUUUGGCUAGCAAUUAUCUACGGAUAUAAAUUUCUGUUACUUGUAUUUGGUACAUUUUUGGCAUGGGAGACACGAAGUGUUUCGAUUGCAGAAUUAAACGAUUCUCGUCAUAUUGGAUUAGCUAUCUAUAACGCUGUUAUAUUCGCAACAAUCGGUGUAUUAGUGGGUCAAUUGACACAAACUGGUAUAGAUGGAGGAUAUAUUAUUAAUUCGUCAUUUAUACUAAUUUGUGCGACAUCUAGUAUGUGUCUUUUCUUUAUACCGAAGAUUCAGCUUAUCAGAAGCUCGAACUAUUCUAUAUUGUCAAUGCGCACUAGAGAAUCACUUCGAAGACCUCAAUCAACUUUGUUCCAAGUUAAUGGCGGAAGCACUAAAAGACAGAUGACUGGAAAUGGCUCUCAAGUAGAUAGUUUAGCCUAA